UCCCUCGCUGGAGAGACACAUGGACCUGAGGCCUCUGCUGUCGGUUCUGGCCGUGCUUGGUCCAGUCUGGGGCUCGACCCUAGAUGUGGACUAUGGUGGGGUUCCGCUCUGGAUCAACCGGUACCUGGGGGAACCGAGCGUGCUGAGCCUGAGGGGCCGAAUGGACCCGAGCUGGUUCCGAGCGGUGAACACCCAGAGCUGCCCUACGGAGUGCGAGUGCCCGAUCCGGUGGCCCACAGCCCUGUACUGUGACUACCGGGGGCUGGGUGAGAUGCCCGGCGGCCUGCCCUCCAGAACCCAGUACCUGUUCUUGCAGGGGAACAACCUGACCGGGUUCAGCCCUGACGCCUUUGCCAACGCCACGCGGCUGCGCUGGCUGUUUCUGGACCGGAACCAGCUGCUCAGUGGGCGCUUAGACGCCGGGCUGUUCUCGGGCCUGACCCAGCUGGUGAACCUGUUCAUGAACCACAACAACCUCACAGAGGUGCCCGCGGGGCUCCCCGGCCAAGUCCGGCAGCUCCGGCUGGCCUACAACCACAUCGAGACAAUUCCCCCCGGAACGUUCCAGAACCUGCAGAACCUCACGCUGCUGCUCCUGCAGGGGAACCGGCUGAAGGUCGUGGGAGAGUCCGACUUUCGAGGCCUCUCCUCCCUGAACCUUCUGGAUCUCACCGGCAACCUCUUUGAGAAGUUUCCGCGCCACCUCCCCCCAUCCAUUUCCCAACUGUACCUCUCCAACAACUCCAUGGUGGGAGUGGAGGGGGACGUCCUGCAGGGCUUCCCAAGCCUGCGCUACCUCCGCCUGGGCAGGAACCGGCUGAGGGAUGGGGGCGUGGACCCGGCUGCCUUCAACCUGAGCUCACUGGUGGAGCUGGACCUCUCCUACAACCAGCUGACCCAGAUCCCCGUGGUGCCCACCACCCUGCAGUACCUCUACCUGGAGGCCAACCAGAUCAGCGUGUUCAACGUUUCCAGUCUGUGUAGAGAGGUGAGCCCCACUGCCUACUCUCGCAUCAAGAUCCUCCGGCUGGACGGCAACAGGCUCCUCCACCACCAGCUUCCUGCCGACUGGGUCAUGUGCUUACGGGUGCUUCAUCAUAUUUACGUCUAGCCCAUCUUCACCUUUAGUCAAAUACUGAGUCACCAUCAUUAUCAUCCUCAUCCUCA